AUGCCAGUGGUGUAUUCACGACCAUCUCUACCAAUCUCCCGCGACGCCAUCAGUAACCAGGAAGAUGUAAACCGCUGGCCACAUCUUGAAGGAUUAUCCUUGCCAGAGAUCGACGCCGAAAUCGGCCUGCUUAUCGGAAGCGACGUCCCCGAAGCAAUACAACCAAUGGAAGUACGACAAAGUGAGAGCGGAGGACCUUUCGCGACUCGGACCAUCCUAGGAUGGGUACUCAAUGGCCCUCUUGGUAGAGGAAAGAACACGUCAGCUACGUCCAACUUUUUGCAGAGCACUGCUCGUCUUGAGCAGCAAUUCCAGGACUAUUGCAACUUGGAGUUCAACGACUCGUCCUACGAUGCCAAACAGUCAAUGUCGCAAAAUGACAAGAGAGCGCUGGAAAUCAUGGAGGAAAGCGUCCAAUUGAAGGAGGGUCAUUACGAAAUCGGGCUGCCAUGGAAGAGUCAUCCGCCGCAACUCAAAAACAACAGACCGGUAGCGGAAAGACGACUAAGUCUUUUGAAGAAGCGUCUUCAACGAGAACCAGAAGUACACGAGAAGUACAAGGGCUUCAUGAACGAUCUUAUCAAGAAUGAUUACGCCAGCAAAGUCGAGAACCGCGAAGUCGACCAGUCAAGCAUUGCGUGGUACCUGCCACAUCACCCCGUGUUCCAUCCUCAGAAACCCGACAAGGUGAGAGUGGUAUUCGACUGCUCAGCCAAGUAUCACCAGACGUCUCUCAACGACCAGCUCUUACAGGGGCCGGACCUUACCAACUCGCUUGUUGGCGUCUUGACAAGAUUUCGCGAGGAGCGCGUGGCUAUGAUGUCGGAUGUCGAGGCCAUGUUCUACCAAGUCCGUGUCCCUUCUGAAGAUCGUAAGGCUCUGAAAUUCCUGUGGUGGCCGGACGGCGACCUGGAUCAACCAGUGCAGGAGUACGAAAUGAACGUACACCUAUUCGGAGGUGCCUCAUCGCCCAGCUGCGCAAACUUUGCCCUGCGGAGAACCGCCCAAGAUAACAAGGCCGAAUUCGACCCAGAAACAACCGAAACUGUCGAAAGAAAUUUCUACGUUGAUGACUGCUUGAAGUCCAUUCCAACAGAUCCGGAAGCGGUGAGAUUGGCAAACCAACUGCGGGAAUUGUUGGCAAGGGGAGGAUUCAGAUUAACGAAGUGGACGUCCAACUCUAAAGCCGUGCUGGAGUCACUACCAGAAUCAGAAAGAUCGGAGCAAGUCAAGGACAUGAACUUGGACAAAUCUCCUAUUCAGAGAGCCCUGGGUGUUCGCUGGAACGUAUCAUCAGACAAAUUCGGUUUCAGUAUUGUAGUGAAAGACCGUCCCGCAACCAGACGAGGCAUUUUGUCGGUGGUCAGUUCCGUUUUCGAUCCGCUGGGAUUUGUCGCUCCGUUUGUCCUUAAGGCGAAACAAAUCCUGCAGGACUUAUGCCGCUUGAAGCUCCGUUGGGACGACCCAAUCCCGGACGAACACCUGGCCCGCUGGCAAUCGUGGUUGAAGGAACUGCCGAAGCUCGAGGAUGUGCAAAUAGAUCGGUGUCUCAAGCCUACCAAUGACGCCAAGAUCAGUUCGUUCCAACUGCAUCAUUUCUCUGAUGCGUCGCAAGACGGCUAUGGAGCCGCCACCUACCUACGUGUAGAAGAUGAAGCCGGCAAUAUCAAGUGUUCGUUUGUAAUGGGGAAGUCCCGUUUAGCGCCAAUCAAACAAGUUACGAUACCUCGUCUGGAGCUUUCAGCAGCUGUUACAGCCACGAGACUGGAGAAGAUCUGUCGGGGAGAACUCACGCUCGAAGUGAACGACACGUUCUUCUGGACCGACAGCACGUGUGUCCUACGCUACCUACAGAACAAAGAUAAACGAUUUCAGACCUUCGUUUCCAAUAGAAUUUCUACGAUACUUGAUGCAUCUUCUACUUUCCAGUGGCAUUACGUCAACACCCUUGCCAAUCCAGCCGACGACGCAUCUCGUGGCGUGCCAGCGACACAACUCCAGCGAUGGAUACAGGGGCCGGAUUUCCUGAGCAAGCCAAGGGCCGCUUGGCCACAGCCACCCAGUGAUCUGAGCUUGGUCAUUGGAGACAACGACCCCGAGGUCAAGCGACAAUCCGCCACGUACACGAACAAAAUUUCUAAUCUACAUCCACUUGCAGAGUUAGUCAAGCAUUUCUCUUCUUGGAGUCGGCUGAAAAAGGUCCUAGCGCUGGUUUUGCGCUACCAGGCGAUCCUGAAACGUCGCGUCAUCCAGAAGAAGUUAAAUCCUGCUGAAGCGAUCGGGUUUUCAACGUCCAUCACGCCUAUUUCCGUGUCCGAAAUGGUCAACGCUGAGAAGGAAAUAAUUCGACAUGUGCAGCAAGAAUGUUUCAGCGAAGAACGAGAAUGCCUAGAAAGAAUAAACCAAAGUAGCGAUAAAGAUCGCAAGAACGUAACGGUUAAGAAAUCGAGCCGCGUGUUCCAGCUGGAUCCAGUAUUAAAGAAUGGGUUGGUACGUGUCGGCGGAAGACUGCGGAGAGCACCAAUAAACGACAACGCUAAACACCCUAUCAUCCUCCCGAAAGACCACCAUGUUAUUGGACUCCUUGUAAACCAUUACCACCACAUCGCGGGUCAUUCCGGCGUCGAGCACACGCUUUCCCUCAUCAGAGAAAGGUAUUGGAUCGUAGACGGAAGAUCAGCCGUGAAGAAGGUCAUCGGCAAGUGCCUCAGCUGUAAGAAACGUCAGUCAACAGUAUGCAAUCAAAAGAUGGCCGACCUGCCAGAAGACCGGGUAACGCCCUCGCUGCCACCGUUUACGUAUACAGGCGUCGACUGCUUCGGACCGUUCGAAGUAAAACGUGCGAGAAGUCGUGUCAAGCGGUACGGAGUGCUCUUCACUUGUAUGACAACACGAGCGAUCCAUCUAGAAGUGGCCCACACGUUGGACACCGACUCUUUCAUUGAUGCUCUCCGACGAUUCGUGGCAAGGCGAGGUCAACCUAUGGAGAUCCGCUCGGACAACGGAGGAAACUUCGUCAAGGGUGAACGAGUGCUAAGACAAGCCAUUGACGAAUGGAAUCAAGAACAGAUCCACGACUUCCUGCUUCAACGAAAUGUCAAGUGGACCUUCAACCCACCCGCUGGAUCUCACUUUGGUGGAGUGUGGGAGAGGUGCAUAAGAACCGUAAGGAAGGUCAUGAAGGCGCUGAUGACGGAACAAGUGCUUCACGACGAGAGCCUCAACACGUUGUUCUGCGAGGUAGAGUCCGUGGUGAACAGCAGACCGAUCACGAAGCUGUCAGAUGAUCCACGGGACGAAGAACCACUCACCCCAAACCACUUGCUUCUAUUACGUCACCAACCCGCCCUUCCACCCGGUGUUUUUGGAAAGGAAGACAAUCAGAACCGAAGGAGAUGGCGUCAAGUGCAAUAUCUGUGCAACCUGUUCUGGAGACGUUGGGUAAGGGAGUAUCUCCCCUUACUGCAGAAAAGACAAAAGUGGAACGCUUCGAAGAGGAACGUGGCAGUCAACGACAUCGUUAUGGUGCUAGACGACAGCAAACCAAGAGGAGUAUGGCCCUUAGCUCGGGUGUUGGAAGUGUACCGCAACAAGCGUGACGGACUGGUACGAUCCGUGAAACUGAAGACAAGCAGCAACGAGUUGGUGAGGCCUGUAGACAAGAUCGUCCUCCUAGAAGAAGCCGCCUGA